AUGGCUCACAUCGACCCCGCAAGCGUCUCGGCUAUUGAUGAUGACCUGGAGACAUGGCUUGACGUCGAGGGUCUCUGCGAGGACUCUUCGGACGACCCCGGACAAAACGCUACCACGGCACAAUAUGAUAUCAGCUCGACUUUGACUAGCGUACAGACGCCCCUGGACCAUAAUCCACAAAGCGAAGCACAACCUGCUGGGCAAGAAAACAGAGCAUGCCCGAAAUCGCGACGGAGCACCACCACUCGUACCAACCCGUCUGCCAACUACUCAGUCAUUUGCUUCCCUUCAAAUCCUGCCAAACCUGACGGCAUCAAGAAAAAGAGAAAGGAUUUUGACGAAAAGAGGAGACUCGAGGUUGCCCAAGUACGCAAGACCGGUGCUUGUUUCCGAUGCAAAGUGCGAAGGAUCUCGGUACGUGCUCCCUCACUUACACGCGAGUAUCCGCCAGAGGAUGAGGCUUUUUAUGAGUGGAUGAUUGAUCUUUUCCAUUUCCAGUGCGGUGUUGGAGAGCCAUGCCAGGCAUGCAAGAAGGCUGCUGGCUCUCUUGGGCUUCAGCUAUGCAUCCGAGAGAGAUUAACGAAGAUGAGGUUCAGUUCAGGUGACCUUCACUACAUCGACUACACUGCACGCUUGCUCGACCAAGAACUCAUCGCCGGGACAACCCACCUCGGUCCGCCUCGCAGAGUCUCGAUAUCCAUGGACUAUGUCGACAACCCAGCCUUGGAGGUUGAGGUUCAGGAUUAUUAUGGCAACAAGACACCGCCUUGGCUGUGUUGCUGGGUUGUCAUGAAUCAGGUUGACGGUCAUAUCGAGUUGCACCGGGAGGAGAGUGCACGAUAUGCUCUUCCACAACUUCUUCCAUCAAGUGACCUAGUCGAAUGGGUCGAGAAUAUUAUCGUUCACCAGGACACAAGGUGCAUCGGCUUCCAGCAAGCUGUGGAUGCCUUCAUCAUGAGGUACAGCAAGUCGAGCGCAUCUCUUCCAAUGCAUGAUUUUGUGCGAAAAGUUCACAAACUCAACUGCUUAACCAAGAUACGACUAGGGCUAGUCCUCUGUGUUGAAGAGGACGGCAAGACGACACCGCCCUCUUGCGCUCUGCACACGCAAUUCGGUCAGAUAUCAAAGGCAGCCUCACAACCAAUCGAGAAAGAGGUCCUGUCCGAGUUGGAGAAACUCAUGUUUGGCACCGCUGGUAUCGGCCCUGACAACGCCAUAGCUCUGUGGGCGAGCCUGUGGUGCUUGAUCCUCAUGUACCGGAAACUGGUCCGGUCCUAUAUCGCCUUCCAGCAGUUCCCAUGCCAUGUCCCCGAGGACUACAGCGGCUUUCCGGAAUGCAAGCUGGAGGUGGGCACACAUUUCUACCACUACCUCGUCUCAAUUUAUGCCGCCCUUUUCCGUGUCACCAGUCCGCUGUACACAGACUUCAGGGUUGCAGCCACACGGAAGCUUCUGGACGAGGAUGAGACCCUUGUGCGGGCAUUUAUGAAUUUGCGAACUGAGAGCUUUUACUUUCAAAGAGAGUCGUGUUCCAUGACAACGCCUCAAGACCAGCUCCUGCGGCGUAUGAUCUUGGAUCGAGAGGCGGGACUUAAGCCAAAGCAGCUUCCUGCUACAUGA